AUGCGGCGCUGGCGCAACGUCGCGACAGCGACACUCAUACUCAUAAUUAUAACCUACUUUGUCGCCCAGAAUCAGGAGGCUUUAUCAGAUGAUUACUCGUUUGGUAUACCGUUCACAGAAUCUGAACAACGUGAGCUCGGAAGCGGCAAAACGCAGGAAGGACUAACAGACUCGAGCAACUCGGAAGCUGUGAAAGCGCCUUCGGAUACAGAGCUACACCCACCACCAUUACCAAUAGGGAACGAAGCGACACCGCAGGAAGCGAGUCCUCCAUCUCUCAACGAAGGCCUGUCACCACCGAAGGAAGUACAGCUACCUCCACCAGCUGAGCCCGUACAAGCAGGCUUUCAAGCCGAGUUCAGCUUUCAGCAAGACCUAGAAUUAGACUUACCUGUGGAAGCUCUGAAGCAAUUCAUCAACAACAAACCGCACAACUACGAUCCUAAUGGACCCAAGACAAAUGUGUAUGCCACAUUCAUGGCGACCAGAAAUCCUUCGAUAAAAGACCCCUACUAUAUGGCCAUUCACUCGCUAGUAUACCGCCUUCUCUGGUCUCCCAAAUCCCGAAGCGAGAAGUACGCCUUCGUUGUCUAUGUCGCUGACUUCGUUACACCCGAACAGCGGCAGCUCCUCGCUGGAGCCGGUGCCAUCGUUCGAGAGCUCGAAAUGCUUGAAUGGAAUCCUCAAGUCGAGGGCAUCCAGAACCGCUGGAAAGACCUCUUCGCUAAACUCAACAUGUGGAAAGAGACAGAGUUCUCAAAGAUUUUCUCCCUGGACGCUGAUGCGUUCCCAGUCGCGAACAUCGAUGGUAUAUUCGAUGUCGCCACUGAACAGAACUGCAUAGAAUCGAAACUUACCCCGGAGGACUAUCUGCUUGACGGUACAUCUUUCUGCGAGCCUUUUGUGUUCGCAGGCAUCCCACAAGACCCUUUCAAUCCCGUGUCCAAAAGCAUCAACGGAGGUGCUCUUGUGUUCUCGCCUUCAACGCGCAUGCAUCAGCGUUUUCUACAGAAUUAUCUCAAGUUCGAAAAGUAUGAUGUCAAACUGGUCGAGCAAGCUUUCUUGAACUGGCAAUUCGAGCCCAAUGGCGCUUUCCCGGCCCAGCUGCUAGAGAGGGAGUGGAAUGCCGCGUUUCCGACCGAAGAUGACGAGGGGGAAUGUGAAAGUGGUGCAUGA